AUGCAGUCAAGGCGCUUCUACAUAAUUUGCCCAACGGGAAUUUCUAAAGAGGAGCCUCGAUCAACUGCGGAACCCAUGGAAAAUACAGAAAAGGAAAUAGAACAAAAUUUGGAAAGGUGGUAUACAGAGUCAGAAAGUCACAAGUCACACGAGAGGAGAAUUGAGGAGAAUUGGGGAUUCUACUGGAAACGGUGUCGGAAGAGCACAACGGAGAACUUGAAUUCGCUUUCGCGGGGAGAUCUCCAGGAUCUCCGGGAUGCCGUCGCCGAUAGAGAUAUCGACGGCGGGCUUCCGCCUAUUCAUACUGUAGGGCUUCUCCUCUCCGCCGAAGACCACUGGCAUGUGGUGGGAGAAGUAAAGAGAGGCAGUGGGAGCUGGAGGAGGGAGAGCACAUGA